AUGGCUUAUUACGGAUACCAGUACAAGCAGCAGUGCUAUAUCCCAAGUGGGGUGAAGCACAACACACCCGUCUUCACGCAGUGCCACAGCCCCAGUGCAGUGAAGUGCACGUCGUGCACACCGUGUGACCCCAAAGGUGCCAAGCUGUGCACCGUGAGGAAGACCAUGCAGACCAGCCCCAAGUGCUCCGUGCCAUGUCCAUCAGGGUGUGUUGAGACACACCUUGUGGAAGGCCCAUCUUCCUCCUGUUGUCCCAUGUCUCCUGAUCCAUGCGCCAUGGCGUUUCCUCAGCCCCAGCUGCAGGGCAUGGAACAUCUCUGCAUCCCACACUGUGGACAGUCAGGCCUUAUGAGAUUCCCUCAGAUCUGUGCUCCAGCUCAGGUGUCCCAAAACAGCUCAUAUCCUUAUUCAUACCAGUGGUCCAAAAGCUACCAGUACAACUGUGGGCCACAAUAA